ACUUAAAAAUACUACUUCUCCUUGUUUGAUUUUCCACUCCGAAAAUUAACUUAAAAAUAAAGCAAGAAAAAAGAGAGCGCUGGAAGAUGAUGAUACGAAGGGGAAGCAAAUGGAAUUGAGCCUCUGUUAGUGAUUUCCAUGGACGCACCUCGUAAACAGCAGGUUUCGUUGAGAGGAGCAAGUGCGAAGGAGAUAACAAGAGACGCGCUUCUUCAGAAGGUCUCUCAGGAAAGAGAACUUCGCAAUUACGCAAAAAGAGCUGCUGCUGCUGCGCUCUUCAUUCAGAGAGUAUGGAGACGCUUCAAGGUCACAAAGAUGAUUUCCCUGCAGCUUCAGCAGGAAUGGGAGAUAGCGGUGAAUCAUUAUACUGGUGUGAUGACAGCAAAUUGGAUUUCAAACGAUUUGUUGAGACCAUUUCUGUUCUUUAUCACCCGUAUCUCAACUAAGCAUUGGAAGGUCCACAGCAAGAGAAUAGAUUCUAUGAAGCUGUGCUUUACAAUCCUACUGGAAAGCCUGAAAUCUUCUGAUUCAAAUCAGAACUUUUGCAUUCUGGCAAUUGGUACAACUGAAGAAAGAACAAUAUGGAGAUACCAGGCACGACAGCUGACUUCUCUUAGUUUUUUCAUUCUUUUGGAGUUUAGUGAAUGCAAUUCAAGGGCUCAAGAUAUUACUAUUGUCACAUCUCUAGCUAUGCGUGUUCUUGUAAUGUUAACUGAUCUGAAAGGAUGGAAAGGCAUUACAGAUGACAACCACUUAGAUGCAGAUUUAGCAGUGAAAGAUUUAAUUCAGUUCCUGGGGGGUAAUAAAAGUGGUUGUUAUGUGUCUAUUGGCAGAUAUAUUAGUGCAUUAGAAAAUCAUUCCUCUCAGUCAAAGAGUAUCACCCAGGCAGAUGAUUUUUUUUUCAUUACUGCAAGUGCAAUAACUAUAGCUGUGCGGCCAUUUUAUCUGACAAACUAUGAUGUAGAAGUGCCUGGUGCACUGGAUGUCAACCAUGCUGCUGAGCAGUUUUUUGUUUAUCUUCUGACUAUACCUUGGCUAGUGCAACAUCUCCCACCUGUUCUUCUACCUGCUUUAAAGCACAAAUCUAUUUUGUUUCCAUGCUUCCAGACUCUAUUGACUUUGAAAGAGAAAGUUUUGCCAGAGAUGUCAGAGUUUGUCAAAUCAGAAAUACUUGUCUCUUUCAAGGCUAUUCCACCAGUUGGUUGGGCUCUCACUAACAGUAUAUGCCUCGCAACAGGGAAUGAGAUUGAAUCCUUCAAUCAAGGUUUAGAGUAUGCAUUGUAUGUGCGUGUUGUUACUACUCUAGCAGAGGCCCUACUGGCUUGUCUUGAUAACAUUGGAUGGGUCAAAAGGAAAAAUAAAUCCCUUCAAACUGAUGUUGAAAGUUCAACACAGCCAGUUGAUACAAUUCAGCAUGAGGGUGAAGCAACCAAUGAAUCCUUAAUAAUGUCAUACAUGGAUCAAUUUAGGCCUGUUUGUCAGCAGUGGCAUCUCAAAAAUCUUUUGGCAUCAAUAGAUAGAGAUGCCACUAACAAGGCUGAGGCUGUGCUCUCAAAUGGCCUUGCAUGUCUGGGGAAGCUAGAAUUGUGUGAUGUUGCACUUUUUUAUUCUAACUUACUUAGAAUAUUUUCAGUUUUGAGUCCAAUUCGUGGCUCAUUGUCAGUUCUCAACAUGCUAGCAUUCACUCCUGGAUUUCUUGUGAGAUUGUGGGGUGUACUGGAGGAUUCCUUUUUUUCUGAAGACAAACAUAAUUCUGAUAAUCACACAAGUGAAAGCAGCAAACAUAAAGCCUUUGAGAAGAUGCAAAAACAUGUCAGUAAAGACGGGGCUAAUAAGUGGGUCAGCGUACUUCAUAAAUUUACAGGAAAGUCACAAGCAACAACGGAUUGCACAGAUUCCAUUGGCAGUCACUCUGAGCCUAGCAGAGUGAAUGAUGAUUCAUCAGAUGUAUGGGACAUAGAACCUAUGAGGCAUGGUCCACAAGGCGUUCCAAAGGAUAUGUUUGCCAUGCUUCAUCUUUUCUGUGCAACCUAUUCUCACCUGCUUUUAGUUCUUGAUGACAUAGAGUUCUAUGAGAAACAGGUUCCAUUCAAAAUAGAGCAGCAAAGAAGAAUUGCGUCGAUGCUCAAUACCCUGGUUUAUAAUGGCUUGUCCCAUGUUAGUGGUCAUCAUAAUAGGCCUCUCAUGGAUUGUGCAGUCCGAUGCUUACAUUUACUGUAUGAAAGGGAUUGCAGACACCCAUUUUGUCCUCCUGCUUUGUGGCUUUCUCCUGCUAGAAAAAGUCGGCCACCAAUUGCAGUUGCUGCCAGAACUCAUGAAGUUUUAGCAGCCAACCUGAGAUCUGAUGAUUCAUCAGCUUCACUGAGUGUCGGUUCUGUUGUCACCAUUGUUCCUCAUGUUUUCCCUUUUGAGGAGAGAGUUGAGAUGUUUCGUGAAUUUAUCAAGAUGGAUAAAGCAUCCCGAAAAAUGGCUGGUGAAAUUUCUGAACCUGGUUCACGAGCCAUUGAGAUAGUAGUACGUCGGGGUCAUAUUGUUGAAGAUGGAUUUCGGCAAUUAAAUUCCCUUGGGUCAAGGUUGAAGUCAUCCAUCCAUGUAUCAUUUGUCAGUGAAUGUGGUCUUCUUGAGGCUGGCCUGGACUAUGGUGGAUUAUCUAAAGAGUUUCUGACUGACAUAUCAAAAUCAGCAUUUUCUCCUGAAUAUGGACUCUUUUCCCAAACCUCGACUUCAGACAGACUUCUAAUUCCAACUGCAUCUGCCAGAUAUUUGGAGAAUGGUCUUCAGAUGAUUGAAUUCCUUGGAAGAGUAGUGGGUAAAGCUCUAUAUGAAGGAAUAUUACUUGAUUACUCUUUCUCCCAUGUUUUUGUGCAAAAGCUAUUGGGACGAUAUAGCUUUCUUGAUGAAUUAUCAACACUUGAUCCAGAGCUAUACAGGAAUCUUAUGUAUGUCAAGAAUUAUGACGGUGAUGUUAAGGAGCUCUCUAUUGAUUUCACAGUUACUGAAGAAUCAUUGGGCAAAAUGUAUGUGGUGGAACUUAAGUCCGGUGGCAAAGAUAUUUCUGUGACAAAUGAGAACAAGAUGCAGUACAUACAUGCAAUGGCAGACUACAAACUCAACCAACAGAUAUUGCCAUUUUCAAAUGCAUUUUAUAGAGGGGUAACUGAUCUUAUUACUCCAUCCUGGUUGAAGUUAUUCAACGCUAGUGAAUUUAAUCAGUUGCUUUCAGGUGGUAAUUAUGAUAUUGACGUUGAUGAUUUGAAAAACAACACACGAUACACUGGUGGUUACAAUGAGGGACGCCGGACAAUCAAGAUUUUUUGGGAGGUAAUUAAAGGCUUUGAACCUAAAGAGCGCUGCAUGCUUCUUAAAUUUGUCACCAGUUGUUCUCGUGCUCCAUUACUUGGGUUCAAAUACUUGCAGCCACCUUUUACCAUCCACAAGGUUGCAUGUGAUGUUCCUCUUUGGGCAACAAUUGGAGGACAGGAUGUAGAUCGACUUCCAUCAGCUUCAACCUGCUACAAUACUCUUAAGCUUCCAACAUACAAACGUCCAGGCACUUUGAGAGCAAAGCUUCUAUAUGCCAUCAGUUCAAAUGCCGGAUUUGAACUUUCUUGAUCUGCUUCAGGUGGUGAUCUAGCUAAUCUCUUGCUGUUUAACUCAUAUUCAAGGAAUUUGAGAGUUGUCUAUUUGUCCGUGCGACUUUUUAUGUGUCUGUUUUCAGGCACAUGCCAUUGUUAGUGAGCCUGGUGAUCGUAUCCCAAAGAGGCUAGUAUAUAUCAAUUACCAAAAGUUUAGACCAUGGACACGGAGUUUGUGCAAAUUCUCAGGCGUGCUAUUUAUGUUUUUGUUGAAGAAAAAAGCAUCCUGAUUUGUUCUGGGAAGAUAUUGGUUGCUUCCAGCGACUAAUAAUGGCUGCGGUCAACACAGCCAGUUGGUGCCAAUGUUAUUCCAAUCUUCCAUUAUCCCCGUGCAUGGAGGUUUUGUUGUAUGUUCAUAUUGGAAACACUGUUAUUAUACUUGGUUAUUUGAAGAGAAGUGUUACAUGAAAAUAAUGAUCAUUAUGCAAUCAAAUAUAUAGUUUUAAGUUUUUUCACGACAAGAAUGACAUAUUUAAGUCCGGUUCAAUUAA